AAAAAUAAAAUUCCUUUUGUUAAGUAUUCAAAAUAGUUUCGUAGUUUUUCUUCUUUCUGGUGGCUGCUUUUUCUCCUUAUUUUCUCUCCAUAAGAACUCUCUCUUUGUCCCCUUCUCUCCAAAAAUACCCACUUUAUUUCUUCAUUUGAAGCAGCCAUGGCUUUUAGAAGAGCAAAUGCAUCAUCUGGCAUGGGAGUGGCUGAACACAGCAAAAGCACAUACAUGGAGCUGCAGAGGAAGAAGGUGUUCCGAUAUGUGAUCUUUAAGAUUGAUGAGAAGAAAAAUGAGGUUGUAGUGGAAAAGACUGGGGGUCCAGCUGAGAGCUAUGAUGAUUUCACUGCCUCAAUGCCUGAGAAUGAUUGCCGAUAUGCAGUUUAUGACUUUGAUUUUGUGACUUCUGAGAACUGCCAGAAGAGCAAGAUCUUUUUCAUUGCAUGGUCUCCUUCUGUUUCAAGGAUCCGUUCCAAGAUGCUUUACGCAACAUCGAAGGACAGGUUCAGGAGGGAACUGGAGGGCAUUCAUUAUGAAAUCCAGGCAACUGACCCCACUGAAAUGGAUCUUGAGGUGAUCAGGGAGCGUGCACGUUAAGCAUUCACUCCCGUUCAUGGGUUUCACAUGCUUAGGAAACUCCCUAGAGUUGCUUUUAGGAUGGUUUCCUGCUUCAGUUAGUUGCUGAAUUAAGUGCGGUUAUCUGUCUCUCACAGUACAUAUUUCGUGAAUUUGUCAACGUUAAAUAACACCUUGGGAAGGCUGAUUUGGAGCUCGGGGCUCAAACAUCUGAGGUAUGUUGGGACUUUGGGCUCCUCAUUGCCAUGAUGCUUCUCAGGUGAAAAUGGGUGUGAUUAUGGAUACUUGACUCUUAUUAAUGAAAUGGUUUUUCAAU